AUGCCAAACUACUCCAAGUUCAUAAAGGAUGUGCUCACCAAAAGAAAAAGAGUAAGUGAAUUUGCUACAGUUGCUUUAACACAAGAAUGUAGUCAGCUUGUGCAAGGAAUACUUCCACAAAAGCUGAAGGGUCCUGGAAGUUUUACGAUUUUAUGCACUAUUGGAGAGUCAUUAUGUGGCAGGGCUCUAUGCGACCUUGGUGCAAGUAUAAAUUUGAUGCCUUUAUCUCUCUUUAAGAAGCUGGGUAUAGGUGCUGCUAGACCAACAACCAUGACACUUCAGUUAGCUGACAAGAGCAUCUGCUAUCCACAAGGAAAACUUGAAGAUGUACUAGUGGGGGUUGACAAAUUCGUGUUUCCCUCCGAUUUCAUCAUAAUGGAUUUUAAUGAUGAUGAGGAUACUCCUAUUCUUUUAGGAAGACCAUUUCAAUGA